UUGUAUUUACUGCGCAACUGUUUUGUUGCCAUACAUCCUUGACAACAUACAAAGUAAUCAAGGGAAACAGCCUUGCUAACACCAAAACACACUAACAGGUUAUCCAGAUUGGAGUAAAGUUAAUAAGUGAAAACAACCAAAGACAAUAUGAGUCAAAGACAAGUGUUGCAAGUGUUUGAGCAGUAUCAGAAAGCAAGAACUCAGUUUGUACAGACUGUUGCUGAACUUGCAAGUCGACCACAGAAUAUUGAGACAUUACAAAAUGCAGGUGUCAUGUCACUUCUGCGACCUCUCUUGUUGGACAUUGUACCUACUAUCCAACAAACUGCUGCACUGGCCCUAGGUAGACUUGCCAAUUACAAUGAUGACCUUGCAGAAGCAGUAGUCAAAGGAGACAUUCUUCCACAGUUGGUCUAUUCUCUUGCUGAACAAAAUAGAUUUUACAAGAAAGCAGCUGCAUUUGUAUUAAGAGCUGUAGCCAAACAUUCUCCACAGCUAGCUCAAUCUGUGGUAGAUUCAGGAGCAUUGGAUGCCUUAGUUAUUUGUCUAGAAGAGUUUGAUCCUGGUGUGAAAGAGGCUGCAGCCUGGGCAUUAGGCUAUAUUGCAAGACAUAAUGCUGAACUUGCCCAGGCAGUAGUUGAUGCUGGUGCUGUUCCUCUAUUGGUUCUAUGUAUACAAGAACCUGAGCUUUCUCUGAAAAGAAUUGCUGCUUCAGCUCUCAGUGACAUUUGUAAACACUCUCCAGAGCUGGCUCAAACUGUAGUGGAUGCUGGAGCUAUUGCACAUCUGGCUCAAAUGAUUCUGAACCCUGAUGCUAAACUCAAGAGACAAGUAUUCUCAGCUCUAAGUCAGAUAUCUAAACACUCAGUAGACUUAGCUGAAAUGGUUGUAGAGGCAGAAAUCUUCCCAGCGGUACUGACAUGUCUGAAAGAUCCUGAUGAAUAUGUUAAGAAAAAUGUUGCAACACUGAUUAGAGAAAUUGCUAAACACACACCAGAGCUUGCCCAGUUGAUUGUGAAUGCUGGAGGAGUUGCAGCCGUUGUUGAUUAUGUUGGAGAAUCUAAAGGAAAUGUUCGAUUACCAGGAAUUAUGAUGUUAGGUUACGUAGCAGCACAUUCAGAAAAUCUAGCCAGAGCCGUUAUUGUUUCAAAGGGAGUAACACAGCUAGCUAUAGCACUAUCAGAGGAACCAGAGGACCAUAUACAGGCUGCAGCAGCGUGGGCCUUAGGACAGAUUGGACGACACACACCUGAACAUGCUAAGGCAGUAGCACAUGCUAAUGUAUUACCUAAAUUAUUACAAUGUUAUUUAAGAGCAGAUGCAUCAGAAGAUCUACAGACAAAGAGCAAAAAAGCACUGAAAAAUAUUCUCCAAAAAUGUGUACAUUUACCAGCACUGGAACCAUUACUACACGAUGCUCCUCCAAAUAUACUGAAACAUGUUGUCGGACAGUUUAGUAAAGUAUUACCACAUGAUUCUAAAGCUAGGAAAUUAUUUGUCACAAGUGGAGGACUUAAGAAAGUACAAGAAAUUAAAGCUGAACCAGGAUCGGCACUGGCUGAAUAUGUUAACACAAUCAAUAACUGUUAUCCAGAAGAAAUUGUCAAAUAUUACUCCCCAGGAUAUUCUGAAAGUCUUUUGGACAGAGUGGACCAGUAUCAGCCACACUAAUAAGCACACAGACAUCAAAUAACAUUAUUUUCAUCAUUUCAUAUAUUCAUUAUCAUCCUGUGUAUGUAUACAAUUGACCAAAGCAAGGAAAGACAAACUAUCUAUGUACUGAAGAAAUGUUUAAAUUGUUGCUUAAAUGUGUAGUGUUUAUAAUUGUUGAACAAGUUAAGGCGACUCAAAUGAUAUUAAAAGAAAAAGCUGCGAAAGAAGUUUAUCAUUAGAAAAUCAGAUAAUUUAAAAAAAAAAGUGAAAAAGGACAUACAUUAUUAUCCCUUUAGUUAUAAAGACCAAGGAGGUUAUACCUUGUAAAGACAUACAAAAACAGAAAAGCAUUUUUUUAAAUAUGUCUUAGAAAAUAGGGAAUUGUACUCAAUGGAUGGGGAGGGAAAAGGGAUAUAAUUUUUAAAGUUAUUUGUUAGAAGGGCAUAUAGAAUUGAAGGAAACUGCUCACUGCAUUUUUUUCGGUACCAUAAAUGCAGAAUCAAGCUGGAGCUGGUUUUAAAUUAAAUAGUUGCUAUCGUUUGAUAAUUGAUGAAAAAGAGCAAAGUUAUAACAAGAUACUGACAUGCUACAAUCAUUGCCAAUGGCUACAGAAACAUUGUCAACUAGAAAUGUUAUAUAAUGUUUUAUUAACGUAAUGCAUUUGUAAAUUGCCAAUGCAUUUGAAUUAAGUCUCUGACAGAAAAUAAGAACCAAUCUUAUCCAAGCAAUUGACUCCAUUUUAAAAAGAAAACAUCAAGUUUGCUUUAUGAUAGUACUGAAUUCAACAAACAAACAAAAUGAGACUUGAUGGAAUCAUGUUUUUAUAACUUUUUAUAUUGUUCUUAUGUUGUUUGGAGAAGUUGAUUAUUUAUUUAUUGUAAGUACUAUCAGCAAACAAAGCAUCUGUUAUUUGUUGAAUAUUUUAUAUUAUACUUGGAAGAAAAACUAUGAUUAAAUUAAAAUUACAAAUUUUUAGACUAA